UUCUACUCCCUCCAAGAAGAGUAUCAAAGCCAAAGCAGCAGCAACAGACAAACAUGAAUACGAAGGGCAUGGCUACAGUCCUGGCUGUGAUAUUCUGUGCUACAAUUGUUCAAGGCUUCCCCAUGUUCAAAGGGGGACGGUGUCUUUGCACACACCCUGGAGUAAAAGCAGUGAAAGUGGCAGAUAUUGAGAAAGUCUCCAUAAUUUACCCAAGUAAUAACUGUGACAAAAUAGAAGUGAUUAUCACCCUGAAAACACAUAAAGGACAAAGAUGCCUAAAUACCAAUUCAAAGCAAGCAAAAGUUAUAAUCAAGAAAGCUAAAAGAAUGAAUUUUUUAAAAUAUCAAAAAGUAUGAAGUCCUGGAAAGGAGGAUUUGAAAACCUAGAACAAGUGUAACUGACUACUGACAUGAUAAGAAUUCUGCAAUAGGAAACUGACUUUCUCCUGCCUGU